AUGGCGACUUCUGUGGACAGUAAGGAGCAUAGUACUGGGAAUUCUGAAGAAGGUGAUCUAUCUGAUGACAGUGGACAAGAAUAUCCACCAUCUCCGGUUCAUGAGGUGAAGGUUGUGGAUAGCUAUGAUGUGUUUCACGGAUCUCCAAAUGACAGAAAAAGGAUUGCUCUUGUUGUUGACUACUCUGAAUUUCCUGGACCCAAAAGGUUCAAGCAGAACAUAGAGAUCAAAGAUGUUGUAACAGAGCAUGUUCUUCCUUUCCUUCCUGCCAAAUCACUUUUCAGGUUCAGAGCUGUUAGCAAAGAGUGGGAUGAGUUGAUUACCAGUCCUUUUUUCAUUCACCAGCAAUCUCAUCACUUCCGGGACAUCUCUGGUCUGUUUUGUCAACUCCCUGGUGAUGCGCCUUUCUUCGUGUCUCUUAAUGGUGAUGCUUAUGGCGUUCCCAGUCCUUCCCUCAGUUUCUUGCCUGAACCAGUUACUGUCAGAACCAGUUGCAAUGGUCUGCUCUGCUGCCAAAGCUGCAAUGGAGAAAAUACCUACUAUAUUUGCAACCCUGCUACCAGGGAAUGGAGAGCGCUUCCCAAGUCAAACUUGUAUCAUGGCCCUGAACCAGCCCUAGCUCUAGCCUUUGAGCCUUCUGUCCUGAACUUUGCAGCACAUUAUCAACUUAUUUGUGCUUUCUCUUUAACUGAUCAUCCGGUUAUCUGUUUCGAAAUAUUCUCUUCGAGGUCAUCCUCAUGGAGACUUGCUGACACAGAAUGCUGUGAGCUAAAUGCUUCGAAGCUGAAUGGAGAUGGGCUCUUUAUGAAGGGUGUAGCCUUCUGGGAAACUUCUGCUGGGGAUAUUUUAGCUUUUGAUUUGAAUGAGGAGCAAUAUGGUAUUCUGUCACUCCCUCUCGGCAGCGGACCUCAUGGUGCUUUGGUAGAGAUGCACGGGGAGCUCUGUUACAUUCUGCCUCAUCGAAAGGGCUAUGAGUACAACCUGGACAUCUAUGGUGAUAUGGACAUGAAUCUGAAGCAUAGUAUUUCUCUUGAUGGUGAUUUUUUAAGCGAAUUUACUGAGAAGAUGAGGGCUCUGGCUUGCGUCAAUAGUGAUGUGGUGAUAGUUAAUAUUGGAAAGAUACUGAUUGCCUAUGAUGUGAAAGCAGGGAAGGCUGAAGUGCUAAGAAGUGGAACCAGGACUGAUGAUGGAUAUGGGAGGGGUGGCCGAGACAAAAACAGAGGUUUAGAGAGAGAGCUAAGGGUUGGUCCCUCCUUUGUAGGAGGCCAUAAUGGCAAGGACACACUAGAGUGCUCCUCCCUUUCUCUUUCCUUUGAGAAACCCUCCUACCCUAUCUUCUUUCCAUUGAUCACCAGGGGGUCUUCAAUCAUUGAGGCGAGCAGUUACGGGAGAGGUGAAGUGGUACCUGGCCGGAGGUUGAUCAAGAGACGAAUAAUGUCUUCUGAUAGUGCUCCGUCCCCGGAUCACUCUUCACCACCAUCACCAGACUCCUCGUCGUCAUCCCCGUCUCCAAAGGAAUCCCCGAAGGAAUCACCUCCCGAGAAACCGCCCUCGUCGCCACCACCAUCCUCACCACCACCAUCAGCACCGCCACCGUCAUCGCCGCCUCCGUCAUCACCUCCACCAUCAUCUCCGCCACCUCCAAAGGACUCGAGCCCACCUCCCAAGGGUUCCUCAUCGUCACCUCCACCAAAAGCGGCAUCCUCCUCGCCACCUCCGCCAAAGGAAGCGACCCCAGCUGGUUCGCUUCCUCCUCCAAAGGAGCAGGCUGUGCCGACACCUCCGGCGGCUGUUACUGAAGCAAAUGAUACGGCUGCCGCUACAACACCUCCACACGCGCGUCCUAAGACUUCUCCCACUGGUGCACUAUCGCCGCCGUCACAUGGAAGCAGCACCCCAUCAACAGAUAGCUCUGAUGAAGACAGCUCAUCAUCAACGGAUAAUAAAGGUAAGAUAGCCGGAGUGGCUAUUGGGGCGUCAUUGGUUAUAAUUGUCUUGCUCGUGGUGUGCGUGGUUUGCAUCAGAAGGAAGAGGAGAAAGCGUCGUGAAAUGCAGUACUAUGGAGAUCCUGCUGAUCAUCACAAAGGUGGUGGUGGCUAUUACAACAAUACACAGCAACAAAAUUGGCAUGACAUGAAUAAUCCACAAGGAGACCAUGUGGUGAGGCUAAACAACCAAGCACCUGGUGGUGGUGCCUGGCCUUCGGGGCCACCUCCUACGAGUGGCGAAGCGAGCACCAAUUUCUCGGGACAGCCAUUGCCACCUCCGUCGCCAACAAUGUCACUUGGGUUCAACAAGAGCACCUUCACUUAUGAUGAGCUUGCAGCUGCCACCAGUGGGUUUUCAGAGGCGAAUUUGUUGGGUCAGGGCGGGUUCGGGUAUGUGCACAAAGGUGUCUUGCCCAAUGGGAAAGAGGUUGCAGUGAAAAGUCUCAAGUCGGGCAGUGGUCAAGGAGAACGAGAAUUUGCGGCGGAGGUGGAGAUCAUUAGCCGAGUUCAUCAUCGGCAUCUUGUGUCGCUGGUUGGAUAUUGUAUUGCUGGUGGGCAGAGAAUGCUGGUCUAUGAAUUUGUUGAAAACAAAACCAUGGAACAUCACUUGCAUGGAAAGGGUCUUCCACCUAUGGACUGGCCAACUAGGCUUCGGAUUGCGGUUGGAUCUGCCAAAGGGCUUGCAUACCUUCAUGAAGAUUGCCACCCGAAAAUCAUCCAUCGUGAUAUUAAAUCUGCUAACAUUCUCCUUGAUUUCAACUUUGAAGCCAUGGUUGCUGAUUUUGGGUUGGCCAAGUUGUCUUCUGACAAUUACACCCACGUGUCUACACGAGUUAUGGGAACUUUCGGGUAUUUGGCUCCAGAAUAUGCAUCAAGUGGAAAAUUGACAGAGAAAUCAGAUGUUUUCUCAUUUGGAGUCAUGCUCCUGGAACUCAUAACUGGAAAGCGACCAGUGGAUCCUUCAAAUGCAAUGGACGACAGCUUAGUUGACUGGGCUCGACCACUUCUCAACCGUGCACUAGAGGAAGGCAAUAAUUUGGAGCUAGUUGACAUCCGCUUGGACAAUAACUUCAACCCUCAGGAGAUGGCACGCAUGGCGGCCUGCGCUGCUGCAAGUAUCCGUCACUCUGCUAGAAAGCGCCCGAAGAUGAGCCAGAUUGUACGUGCACUCGAAGGAGAUGUGUCACUAGAUGACUUGAAUGAGGGGACAAAACCAGGGCAGAGCUCCAUGUUCAACCCCACUGCCGGCGGAGGAAGCUCGGACUACGACACGCAGGCAUACAAUGCAGACAUGAAGAAGUUCAGAAAGUUGGCCUUGUCAAGCCAGGAGUUUGGGAGCAGUGAGUUUGGGACUUCAAGUAAUGACUCCAGAGAAAUGUCUGGCACACCCAAGAACCCAAAGCAGCAACUCCUUUAA